GGCUCGGAGAGAAAAGAAAACAACUUGGAGAAAUGAAAAGGCUUUUCAAAAAGUCACUAACAAAGACUGAUAUUGGAAAAAGAAUGGCGGUUCCAACAAAGUGUCUGAAAUCGCUGCCACAAUUCCGAGGAGGUCGAGAAAUAGAUGUUCAGGCAGAGGAUGCCCGGGGUCAACUCUGGUCCUUUGUUUGCAGUAUUCGGCGGGCGACAAGGUACAAGAAACCUGUUCUGUCUAAAGGUUGGAGAAGGUUUGUGAUUGCUAAAGGUCUUCAAGUUGGGGAUAUGGUGGCGUUCUACAAAAGGGGAGCAGGGGCAAGUUCUGGAGCAAGGUUCAAGAUUAAGGUGACAAGGGAGGUCAAGGUAUUUGGAGCUGUUUUUGGUUAUUCAAAGCUUUGAAAUUAAGGGAUUUCAAAUUUGACCCCCUAAUAAUUGGGGGAUUAGCUGAAAAGAAGGUAAAUAGGAAACAUGUUCAAUUUAACCUAUGUUUCAUGAUUAGAGCAGUUGUAAAAUAUCAUAAUUACGUUGAAAUUGUGCCUUAUUGUAAGGUUUCCUUGUAAUUUGAGAAGGAUGUGCAAACACCACUUACUCAAUUGUACAGUUUUGUUUUCUACAUAUAGAAUAGUCUAAGUUGAAGGU